GAGAGCGUGCAGCAGAUCUCCACACUCUCCAGCUUUCAGGGAGAGGAGUCAGUACACUCAGCGGUCUGUGGACGGGAAACUAAAGCCCUUUCGUCUCUGUCAGAGGAGUGAAUCAGACAGAGGAACCUGGGCUGAAGUGACCGAGGAGGGUUCAGGGGUUUCCGUGGAAAAGUGCUGAACCCAAGGACGUUCACUACGAAGAGCUCGAGAGGAGCGCAAAGCAGGGACGAAACGUGAUGAAGGCGAUCACUGAUUAUUUUGCUCUGCUGUUGGUUCUGGUGGCGGCGGGGACGGACAUGAGCACCAAAGCCUCAGAGGAUGCUCUCUCCAUCACCCCGGGGGUCCCUCAGGAGAGCAGGUCUGGCCUGUACCCUACCACCCAGGACUCAGGCGGGAGACCCCCUGUGGUCACGACGGCACCACCUGUCAACGUCCUCAACCACCAUCCGGUCUACAGGAAUCCUCACCAACAGCACGACCUGCUCAAUCCACGUGGUCAGCCAAACUACUUCGAGGACAGCGGAGGAUCCACACCCCCACCCAAAACUUUACAGGCUUCAGAUGUGACCACUGAGAGCUCUGAUGUGCGAACAACCGUCGUCAUGCACACAUCAGCUCCUGCCGCUCACUCCAGUAGUCACGUCCCAGUAACAAGCGAGGUUUUAAAAGAUUCAGAACACACUGAAAUGUCACCGUCCUCAUCUCCAGCUGCAGGAGAGGAAGAUGAGGCGAGGAAGAAUCAGACUGGACCGCAGCAGACUGUGAGGCCCAGCCGCGAUGAAGAGGAGACCACGACCACCACCAUUACCACCACCACCAUCAUCACCACCAUGCAGAGUCCAGUUCCCUGCCAGCUGAACCUGACUGGACCAGAAGGCUUCAUCGAGGCUCCUCCACAGUCCAGCUCUGCUUUCCACUCCACUAUAGACUGCAGCUACAUCAUCACUGUGUAUAUGGGCUACGGAGUGGAGGUCCAGGUCAUGAACGUGAAUCUGUCCGAGGGAGACAAAGUGGUGUUUGAAGACGUGGGCCACCGGGAGAACACCAUGCUGGCCAACGAGUCCAUCCUCAUGAGAGGGUUGGUGGUACGAAGCCACAGCAACCAGAUCUCCAUCCGCUUCCACAGCCCGAGGUCUCAGGCUGCGUCGGUGCUGCUAAGAUACCAAGCCUUCGUGCUGAGCUGUGUUUUCCCCCAGCGUCCUCUCUACGGUGACGUAUCGGUGAGCAGUCUGCACUCUGGAGGGGAGGCCUUCUUCUCCUGUCUGACCGGCUACCAGCUGCAAGGACCCAGUGUGCUGACCUGCCGCAAUGCUAGCACCCCCUACUGGAGUGGCAAGGAACCACACUGCCUGGCCGCCUGUGGAGGUUUGAUGAGGAACAUCACAGUCGGUCGGAUCGUCUCUCCGGGGUUUCCCAGCAACUACAGCAACAACCUGACGUGCCACUGGCUACUGGAGGCCCCCGAGGGCCAGAAACUGCACGUCCACUUUGAGAAGGUUGCACUGGCUGAGGAUGACGAUCGAUUGCUGAUAAAGAACGGUAACAGCAUCGAUGCAGCUGCUCUGUACGAUUCAUACGAGGUGGAGUAUCUCCCCAACGAAGGUCUGCUCAGCUCCUCCAAACAUCUUUUCAUCGAGCUGACCACAGACGCUGCAGGAACAUCCACCGGCAUGGCCAUCAGGUACCAAGCCUUUGCAGCGGGCCACUGCUAUGAACCCUUCGUAAAGUACGGGAACCUGACGAGCAGCGACAUCACCUGGGCGGUGGGAGCUGUGGUUGAGUUCACCUGUGACCCCGGCUACACUCUGGAACAAGGAUCUGUCACCAUCGAGUGCAUGGACCCCAACAACCCACAGUGGAACGAAACAGAGCCCGCGUGCAGAGCGGUGUGCAGCGGUGAGAUCACAGACUCAGCUGGAGUGGUUCUGUCUCCUAACUGGCCUGAAGCGUACGACAAAGGACAGGACUGCAUCUGGGGAAUCCACGUGGAGGAGGACAAGAGGAUCAUGCUGGACAUUCAAGUGUUGAACAUCGGGAAAAACGACCUGGUGACUUUUUACGAUGGAGACGACCUCACAGCUAAAGUCCUGGGUCAGUACGGAGGAUCAAAGUCCAGAUUCAAGCUGUACACCUCCACUUCAGACGUCACCAUCCAGUUCCAGUCAGACCCAGCAACCAAUGUGUACGGCUACGGCAACGGCUUCAUCGUCCACUUCUUUGAAGUGGCUCGUAACGACACCUGCCCCGAACUCCCAGAGAUCACCAACGGCUGGAAGAGCACAUCUCACCCUGAGCUGGUUCAGGGCACCGUGGUGACCUACCAGUGUUACCCUGGUUACCAGGUGAUAGGGGCCGAGCUGCUCAUGUGCCAGUGGGACCUCACCUGGAGUGGAGACCUGCCGAGCUGUGAGAGAGUGGUUUCGUGUCCUGACCCUGGGAAGGUGGAGCACAGCAGGCGGGUGCUGUCCGGUCCACAUUUCACCGUGGGUUCGACCAUCCAGUACGUCUGUAACAAAGGCUUCACUCUGUCAGGAAACAGCCUGUUAACCUGCUUCAACAGAGGAUCUGCAGGACCGAGGUGGAACCAGAAGCUGCCCCGGUGCAUACCUGAGACCUUCGAGCCUUGCAGUCACCCAGGGACCCCCACCUAUGGGAUCCCUGACUCCACAAAGCUCCACUUCCAGCCCGGAGAGAUGCUCCACUACUCCUGCCUGAGCGGCCACCAGCUGCUGGGAGAGCCCGUUCUCCACUGUGUCCCUGGACACCCGUCUCAGUGGAGCGGGUUGCCACCUGUCUGCAAAGGCCACCCAGCAGACGACGAGCACAGAUUGGAUGUGUCCACUGCAGACCUCAGAAUGGAGGGGGCCCAGGCGGCGUUUGUUGUCAUCAUCCCCGUCAUCCUCCUCCUCGUCCUCAUCAUCGGGAUCUACCUCUACUUCUCAAAGGUUCAGAGAAAGCCUCUCCGGCUCUCCUUGGCCUCCAGUUUACCGUAUGAAAACAUCAGCGCAGAAUCUACGUUUGACAACACAGUUCAUGAGACGACGUAUGGACAGAUAAGAAGCCCGCCGGCCUUUUCAACAUCUGUCACACUCGCACCUUCAGUGACUCCCUCCCCGCCCUACGUCCUCUGAAUAUGAGCCUCCCUUUAUUUACCCGACAGAGGACACCACUCCACCCCUGGAACGGCUGGACCACCGGAUUAUUUUUCUAGCUCCUCUACAGUCACGGUCCAGCAGCAGCAGUUUGUACAGUUUUUAAUCCAGAGCUCGCAUCCUGAGGACUUUCAGUGCAUCUAGGAAAGCAAAGGGAAUCCAUGUCAAGCGAGCACCAUUAAGUGCAUAUAACCACAGAGGAUAUGUCAUGUUAUGUACAUUACACACUCGUCGUCUCCUGCCACCGUUUAAAGAACAAUGUUCAUGGUUUUAUUGGCGUUAAAGAGUAACAUCUUACCUAUUGAACGUCUCAUAAAAAUGGCAGCAUUUGCUUUUAUCAGAGUGCCCAAUAAUUAAUGCAAUUUUAUUAAAAUAGGAACUCAUAAUGUAUCUGCAUUAAAAUAGGUUGCAUGUUUGGUGCAGAGCUUGACUUGGUUAGCUUAGCACAAAGAAUGGAAGUAGGGGGAAACAAACAACACAGUGCAAAAAACUAAGUAAAAAAAAAAAAGUGAAGCUAAUGUAAAAGUGUAUUAAAACUGCAAUCCUUAUAAUGGCCAGAAGAGAGCGACUCCAAUUGUGGUAAAAAGUUGUUAGUGAAAAUGAGCCUACCCCUUGCUUAUUUACAUUUUCCUAAUGAGUUUAUGGUCUCAAUCUGUAGUUUAACGUCGUCUCCAAUACAGCAUGCUGUGCAUUUAGUACAUUAUGGUUCUAUAUAGAUUAAAAUAGAUGAAGAACAAUGGUACCCUUAGUGCAUGCAUGGCUUGGCUGUGUUUGUAACGCUGCAACAGCAACAUUUUAUUUAAAGCCUGUUUUUCCCCUCAUCAAUAUACUUGUUACCUUUAACAUGCACGCACAAGCUAGGGGCUAGCAUUAUUUUUCAACAUAGCAUUUGCUGACCCCUAGCAUGGCUAGAGCUCUGCUUUCUUGUCUAAAUAUGGUCAUUUUUGGUUCCAUAAAACAAGAUGGAGAAGUCAAAAAGGCUCAACUUAAAGAUUUAAAACAGCAGAAAUCAAACUUGUAGGUAAAGUAUAAAUGGUUAUAUCCACUGUUUACAUACAGAAUGUGUAGAAACAACUAGCUUGGCUCUUUCCAUGUUCAAAAAUACAUCAAACAACACCCGGAAACAUCUCUUAUGAACAUGUUUUAUCUUGUUACUCAUUUUUUUUUUAAAUGUUUCCAGUUAAUCGAGAAUUUUUCUCUUUUCCAUUUACUUUCAGUAUAUUAGAGAGCGUUUCAGGCUUCUUACUCACCAGCUGCUUGCUAAUGAAUUAGCUACUCAUUCGCUAACUAGCAUUAACAUACUGUCAAUCAAUAUAGAGUAAGAGGCCCUUAAGAAAUGUGUUUCCAGUCAUUGGAUCUUUGCUAUUUAAGGUGUUAGUUGGCUUUAUUUUUACUUGUCUUGUUCCCCCUUGCUUCCAGUGUUUAUGCUAAGCUAAGCUAAAAUGAAUGCAUCCUGACACGAGCUCUGUAUCCAACAUGUCAGAUGUUAAUCUUCCAGCUCACUUUCAGUAAUCAUACAGCUAUUUCUCAAAAUGUCUUUAAAAACUGUCAAAUUAUGAUUAUAUAAAUGAUCAGUAAAUCGAAGAAAAAAAAAAAGCCAAAAGGGAUCGUUUAAGUUUCUAUUUCAACACUGUAAUAAACAAACUUCUUGGGUUCAUAUGCAGAGUUAAAGAAAAGGUGAUUUGAUUCUUCUUAGUUUAUCCACGUCAGUGUAGCGUAACAAAUUGAGUUGAUUUUUUUUUUACAUCUCGUGUUUUUCUUUUGUUGAAGCGAAAGGAAAAUGCACACUGAGGGAGGCUGUCGCUCAUUUUGCCACUGCUUGUUUUGGAGAUUGCGUCUAAAUUCAGACCAUUACAGUCAGUCAAACAUACCGGGAUGUCCUAUGAUAAUAUGUAUCCAUGCAAGCUGGUGUGAUGACAAUGAUAAUAAUUAACCUAUUUUUGUUCGACUGUACAUAAAGUACGGAUUAAGCUACUUCACAAACAUCCUCAAUAAAAGUUAUUGUUCAG